AUGUUACCAUUAGAUUCAAACGGUCGUAAUUUAAUUACAAAGUUUUAUUACUUAAAACCAAAUGAAGAACAGAUAACACUAGCCAAACAGAUAUGGCAAACAACAGCGAACAUAUUGAAAGCAAGGGCGCAAUAUGAAAUCCUUCGUAAACGAAUUUUCUUACGACGAUUACCAAGUGCAUAUGAUAACAUAAUUAAUCAAUUCAUGGAUUUUGUCGAGCCUAUGCUUUCAAACAAAGUUCUUGAUAACGAUCAACGUGCUAGUUUAGUAUCAAAUUAUUCAAAAACAAUUACAUAA